CCUGCGAGCAGGACUGGCGGCACGCUGCUCCCCUGCUCUCCUCCGCCCGCCCAGGUGCCCUGUGGCCCCGAGGACUUGCUGCUCUGCUCUCCGCUUUCCUGGAAGGCGAUCGAUAGCAGCCGCAGACCUGCUUUUGAAUGUUGUUUGCAGACAUUUUCUCCAGCUUGUUUGGCACUCUUAGUCUGCAAACAAAACCUCCGGAGACAGACUCCGCGUGCGUUGCCUCUUACGCAUGUAUUUGGUGGUGCCCCUCCGACUGCGCGGUCAAAUAGAAGAGCAAGGAGGUUGCAACAGGCCAGAGACAAGCAGACAGCAGAGUGAUGGGAGCAGAGAAAUAAUGGAGCCCAGCACCUUGGUGAAACGUUAAAUGCUGGUUUGGAAGCUGUUAGACAAGCGAAAGACUCCCUCCUCGGGCCUACAAGGGCUCAAGCAGUGACGUACAACCAGAGAGUGCUGAAAAGCUCCGUACAAACUCUGCCCUGUCGCUUGCAGGCCGGCUGUGGGCAGCUGUGGGACGCGGGCUCCUUCCCAGCGUCCUGCCGGAGCUGAGCACUGAGCGCCAGGCUGAUGCAGAACUACCUGCCCCUUUGCCGCAGCGGGAUGCUUGCCAGAGGCCUCAGUCGCAGCCCCUUCUGGGAAAGGAGGGGACGUCCAUGCAGGCUGCAGAUGGAAGGUCGGCUCUUCUUUGGGCUGGCGCACCAAGCGGAGAAAGGGCUGCCCAGGGACUUUGGUCCUGUGGGGGAGUAUUCAGGUGCAAGAGACUAAUUAAGAUGGAUGAUCUCCUGUUUGCGGCUGCCCGACUCGGAUGGCAGGUUAUGGAGACGGAGAGGAUGAUUUAUCUAGUGACAGAGUACGCUAGCGGAGGGGAAAUAUUUGAUCACUUGGUGGCCCACGGACGUAUGGCGGAGAAGGAAGCCCGGAGAAAGUUCAAGCAAAUAGUGGCCGCUGUCAACUUCUGUCACUGUCGUAAUAUAGUCCACAGAGAUCUGAAGGCAGAAAAUCUACUUCUGGAUGCCAACCUGAACAUCAAAAUAGCAGAUUUUGGCUUCAGUAACAUCUUCACACCUGGUCAGCUGCUUAAAACCUGGUGCGGGAGUCCUCCCUACGCUGCUCCAGAGCUCUUUGAAGGAAAGGAAUACGAUGGGCCAAAGGUUGACAUUUGGAGUCUCGGCGUGGUGCUGUACGUGCUGGUCUGCGGCGCUCUGCCCUUCGACGGGAGCACGCUGCAGAACCUGCGGGCGAGGGUGCUCAGCGGGAAAUUUCGCAUUCCAUUUUUCAUGUCCACAGAAUGUGAACACCUGAUCCGCCACAUGCUGGUCCUGGACCCCAGCAAGCGGCUCUCCAUGGAGCAGAUCUGCAAACACAAGUGGAUGAAGCUUGGGGAGGCUGACGCGGAGUUCGACAGGCUGAUAGCGGAGUGUCAGCACCUGAAGACGGAGAGGCAGAUGGAGCCGCUGAACGAGGACGUGUUGCUGGCGAUGGCGGACAUGGGGCUGGACAAGGAGCGUACAAUUCAGUCAUUAAGAGCUGAUGCUUACGAUCACUACAGUGCAAUCUACAGCCUGCUCUGCGACCGUCUGAAGAGACACAAGAAUCUGCGCAUUGCAGCAUCUCCAAGCAUACCGCGGACCAUGACCUUCCCCACCUCUGCUAACAUCCAGCAGACAGAACAGACAGGCAAUACCAUGAGCAUCAAUGUGCCACAAGUCCAGCUCAUCAAUCCCGAAAACCAAAUUGUGGAGACCGACGGAACAAUGAACCUGGACAGUGAUGAAGGGGAAGAGCCGUCACCUGAAGCUCUGGUUCGUUACCUCUCAAUGAGAAGGCACACCGUUGGAGUAGCUGACCCGCGGACGGAAGUCAUGGAAGAUCUGCAGAAGCUGCUGCCAGGCUUCCCCCGUGUCACUCCUCAGGCUCCGUUCCUGCAGGUGACCCCGAAUGUGAACUUCAUGCACAAUGUGCUGCCUCGGCAGAACCUGCAGCCCACGGGUCAGCUGGAGUACAAGGAGCAGUCCCUGCUGCAGCCCCCCACCCUGCAGCUGCUGAACGGCAUGGGCCCUCUGGGGCGGAGGGCAUCAGAUGGCGGAGCUAACAUCCAGUUACACGCACAGCAGCUGCUGAAACGUCCUCGAGGUCCAUCCCCGCUCGUCACUAUGACGCCAGCCGUCCCUGCUGUCACCCCUGUGGAUGAGGAGAGCUCCGACGGGGAGCCAGAUCAGGAAGCUGUGCAGAGAUACUUGGCAAAUAGGUCAAAAAGGCACACUCUGGCAAUGACCAACCCUACAGCUGAAAUCCCUCCAGACUUGCAGAGGCAGCUAGGACAGCAGUCCUUCCGACCCCGGGCUUGGGCUCCACACCUGGUACCCGAUCAGCACCGUUCUAUUUACAAGGACUCGAAUACUCUGCACCUCCCCACCGAACGCUUCUCCCCAGUUCGGCGCUUCUCCGAUGGUGCUGCCAGCAUCCAGGCUUUCAAAGCCCACCUGGAGAAGAUGGGCAAUAACAGUAGCAUCAAACAGCUUCAGCAGGAGUGCGAGCAGCUUCAGAAGAUGUAUGGGGGGCACAUGGAUGAGAGGACGCUGGAGAAGACGCAGCAGCAGCACAUGUUGUACCAGCAGGAGCAGCACCAUCAGAUUCUUCAUCAGCAGAUUCAGGAUUGCAUCCGGCCACCCCAGCCAUCUCCACCCUUGCAAGCUCCAUGUGAAAACCAGCCAGCUCUGCUCACUCACCAGCUUCAGAGGUUACGGAUCCAGCCAUCCAGCCCACCCCCGAACCACCCUAAUAACCACCUCUUCAGGCAACCAAACAGCAGCCCACCUCCUGUGAGCAGCAGCGUGCUGCAGCCCCACGGUGCUGCCUCCCAGUCCCAGUUCCAAGGGAUGCCGUCCCACAACACAAUCUUCCCGCAGUCCGGUAACUGUUCCCCUCCCCCCAACAUGGGGCUGACGUGCCUGGGCCUGCAGCAGCAGUCGCAGCCUCAGCAGGUCACCAUCCAAGUGCAGGAGCCCGGCGACAUGGUCAGCAACAACCUCCUGCAAGGGGCCUCUGUGGGCGGGCAGGGCAUGUCCUCCCACGCGCGGGGCAUGCCCCUCAGCCCCAGCGCCAACCAGAUCCAGAUGCAGCACCGCGCCAACCUGAUGGCCUCCCUCACCUACGGCCACAGGCAGCUUUCCAAGCAGCUCAGCGCCGACAGCGCCGAGUCGCACAGCCUGAACGUGAACAGGUAUCCCCCCGCCAACUACGACCAGGUGCACUUACACCCCCACCUGUUCCCAGAGCAGCCUCGCGUUUCCCCCGGCAACUACAGCCCAUCGGGAGGAGUUGGGUUUCCUCCAGCUCAGCAAGCUCUGAAAGUCCCGCAGCUUGACCAGUAUCCCACUUUCCCUCAAAAUGCACAUCAGCAACAGCAGCACUACACUGCAUCAGCACUACAGCAAGCACUGUUGUCCCCGACGCCUCCCGACUACAGCCGACACCAGCAGGUACCGCACAUCCUCCAGGGACUGCUUUCUCCCCGGCACUCGCUCACGGGGCACACGGACAUGCGGCUGCCCCAGGCAGAAUUUGCACAGCUCAUCAAACGGCGGCAGCAGCAGCAGCAGCAGCAAGAAUUUCAAGAGUUGUUCAGGCAUAUGAGUCAAGGGGAUGCUGGGAAUAUGGGCACCAGCGUGGGACAGAACCUCUCGGAGCGCCAGUCGUUGUCUUUGCCUUACCAGAGUGCUGACACGUACCACCCACAGAGCAGCCCCCAGCAUCUCUUAAAAAUCAGGGCGCAAGAAUGUAUCCAGCAGGUACCUGCAUCAGUGCCGCCGCACGGAUACGUACACCAGCCAGCCCUGUUCCAUUCGGAGAGCAUGGAGGAGGACUGCGCGUGCGAGGGUGCCAGGGACAGCUUUCCAGACAGUAAGAGUUCAAACACAUUGACCAAAGGUUGCCAGGAGACCCCUCUGCUUGUAAACGCAGGAGGGCACGGGGACCCAGAAUCUUUGCUAGGAACUGCUAAUCACGCGCAGGAGCUGGGGACGCAUCAAUACAGACAUCAGCCCGCUGCUGGAUUCAGUAGGAAUAAGGUGCCCAGCAGAGAGUCCAUCGUGGGGAACUGCAUGGACAGGAGUUCCCCCAGCCAAGCGAUGCAGGUGCCUGACCACAACGGACUGGGCUACCCUGCGCGACCCGCCUCCAGCGAGCACCCGCGGCCCAGGACCCUGCAGAGACAUCACACCAUUCAGAACAGCGAUGAUGCCUACGUGCAGUUAGAUAACUUGCCCGGAAUGAGUUUAAUGGCAGGAAAAGCACUAAGCUCUGCUCGGAUGUCUGAUGCCGUCCUCAGCCAGUCGUCGCUGAUGGCCAGUCAGCAGCUGCGCGACAGGGAGAGUGAGGAGUGUGGGGAGAGUUUGGAAGGUCAAGAGCAUCCCAACCUCGGCGAUGGCAACCAGCAUCUAAACACCUCCUGUUACCCGUCGACGUGUAUUACGGACGUCCUACUGAGCUACAAGCACCCGGAGGUGCCCUUUGGGAUGGAGCAGGCAGGGGUGUAACCAGGAGGGAGUUUUAUGUACAGCUUUGAAACGAAAAGGUCCAUUUUAAACCAACAGUAUCUAGCAGCAUUGCGCCAAAUUGCCGUAGUAUUUCUGACUAACUGGAAUACCAUGGCCCCUUUCCUCAUAAUCAGUUCAUCCAGUGUGUUGUUCCUUUGGUUUCUUUAAUUUUUGCCAUAUUUGCCUGUAACUCCAGCUAUCACAGAAAUAACCAGAGAACCUGAGUCCUACACGGCGGCAGAGGAUUCACGGAGCCUGAGCACUGAGUCUGGUUUGGAGGGCUUUUACCGCCCAGGGCCAGGCGGCCCCCGGGGGCUGCUCCGGCCGCCUCCGCGCUCGGCUCGGCACAGCGCGCGCGCGGGGCUGACGCCUCCCUGGAGCCGGCCCUGGGGAAAGGAGCGGGAGCGGGGGUCCGUGGGAUCCCGAGGGCUCCGGGCAGCUGGAGGCCAUGCUGUCCUUCCACUCUUUAACCCUUUGCACUGGGGAGGGGCCCAGCGCGACCCCAGCCUCCCCGGGCAGCGCUGGCGGGGGGCGAGGACGGUGCCAGCCCGGCCGGCGCGUCCCACCCCGGGGCUCCGACCGGCCGGCCGGCCGGCGGGGAACAGCCACCCCUGGUGCAAUACGCUUCUCGUCUCAUCUUUGUCUGCUUUCGUUCCUUCUCUCGUUUGUCAGUGUGCUGAAAGGAUCACGCCUCCCCCCUUCUCACCUUUUCUUUGCAAAUCCGCAUACGACCUGGGUUGUUUUUCUUUUUUCCUGGCUUAAUGUAGGGAAGACAGAUUUUUUUUCUCUUUGUUUUCUUAGCUUCUCCUCCUGAUCAUGUAGGAAUUGUUUUUUGGUAAAUGUUGUUUUAUUAUUAUUGUUAUUAAUAAAAGGCAAAAGGAAUUUCUGUUUGAGAGAAAUUUUUAACUAGAUUCUGUUCUAUAUGAAUUGUGACUUGCACCUUUUGUUCAAAGUAUUUUAUUUCUUUUAAUGACAUUGUACUUGUGACUGGUUUUCUCUCUCGUGCCAGUGGCGACAGUGGUAUUCUCCUUUAUACAGUUCAGACGUGCAUAGAUCUCUUCUUUGUCCUCCUCUCCAUCCUUUCCGUGACGGACAGAGCGUGACGCCCCGUCCUGGCCGGGGCUCGGCGGCACUUGGUGUCAUCAUCGCCUUUGGGACUUUACAAGCUACAGCUCAAAUUCUUCUUAUUGACACUUUUCUGGAAUAUUUUUUAAGAAAAAAAAAAAAAAAAGGAAAAACCGACCCAGCCCUCCUGAAUUUGCACAGAAGGAAGUGUGAAACCAGCACGGCAGAGGUGACUUUGCUAUCCGUCCCCGUGCCUCUUCCCGGCCUCCGCUUCUCCCCCGCCCCGGGAAGAUAAUGCUAACGGGCUCUGCCGUCCCCAGAACCGGAGAGGAGAGAAACCCCGCGGCUUCUGCCGGCGUCCUGGUGCCAGGCGGCUUGGCCGGGCGCUGCCAUCCGCUGCGUCCCUCACCGGCGCCUGCGGGCUCGGGGGGCCGCGGGGAGCCAGGUGGGGCCGGGCCCGAGCGGGAAACACUGAAAGCCUUUCGCUCUGUACCUUUGGUUUGUUUUCCUUUUGUUUACAUGACACUGUAUUUCUGGGAGAGUCGACGGCCACCCUACAGACAGCAUCCGAAACAGCAGGGACUCGCUUAACCGUGCCAUUUCGCAGUAUCACACUUUUUUUAUCAUUGCUUUGUAUUGUAGUAAUCAAUACGCGCAGUAUAUGUUGAAUGUAUAUUAAUAUACUUUGCUAUUAUUUCUGUUUUUUGGAAAUGUCAGAAGUAUUUUUUUCUUCCUCAUUUAUGUUGGACUAAAAAAAAAAAGUUUCGGUAAAUCUUCAGUCCAUUUUUUGUGGGUCACUUGCAACUAGUCAAUUAGUUGGACAGUGGGAUCAUGACAAAUAAAACCAUGAUUAUGAUCUUC